AUGGACCCCAGCUAUCGCAUUGGAAUCGAGGUCGAAAUUCUGCUAAGACCGAUCGGGAUGGUCUUUCACCUCGACGAAAAGCUGCAAAUCAUUACCGAUUUCAUCAUCUCCAAAUGCAACAAACAUCUUGACGCAACUACCCAAUUGCGGAACAAAGUCAAUCGAACUCCACACCGCCUUCUCAAUGAAUGGUGUCUUACAAAGGAUAACUCGGUUGUCACCCACGAAUGGAACCACUUCCCCUUCGAAAUAGUAUCACCCAUUCUCCAAUACAGCCCAACAAGCACAUGGCGCAAUGAGAUCCGUGAUAUUUUCGAAGUCAUGGGCUCCGUCUGCAACAUGCGUUUUAAUGAAACAUGCGGACUACACAUUCACAUCUCACCCCAAGGAGGCGAAUGGGGCAUACGCACCGUCAAAGAAUUGUGUCGCACCAUGUUCUACUUCGAGGAGGUCGUCGAUAGCCUAGUUCCGCGCCAUCGCGUUGAAAACGACCUCAUGCAAAGCAGUCGCCGGGGCAGUACACCGCUUCUCAACAAGACGCCUCGCGAGUGCUUGGCCAUCAUCAAAAGAUGCCAUACAAUGAUGCAGGUAAUCAAUACCAUGAAUGAUAGCGGAACGCGGUACUUCGCCUGGAACUUCGUGAACCUGAUACGAGGAGGCAUUGGAACGAUUGAGUUCAGACAACCGCCUGGUACCGACAAUGCUGAGCGGAUCUUACAGUGGGCGGAGUUCGUGGUGCUUUUCCUUCAUGCUGCGCGUAUGUCGGUUCCUUUUGACACCCUCAGUCAGCACCCGCGAACAGUUGAUGGCUUACUUGCAUUUCUUUCUGUUCAUAAGCUGCCUGGGUCUGAUAUUAGAGCCUUGAGGAGUCUGUUCUGGGCACUUAGCUGA